CAGCAUCAAGUGUCACCACUGCAAAGAUGGCGUUUGCUCUUCGCUCGUUGCUCCUCCUUUGCGGGAUGUGUGGACUGUUGGCCGGAGUUUCGUGCCAAACACUGAAAGGUUACUGUCCUGAAGGCUAUACACGUUUGAAUGAUCGCUGUCUCGUCUUCCAACAUGAACCGAGAGACUUUUCAGACGCAGAGAGCGUCUGCAACAUUCUUGGCGGCAACCUGGUUUCCAUCAACAGCACUUUGGAAAACGCCGUCAUUGUUGAAUUGAUCAGAUAUUCAGCUGCCAUUUUCAAGAACACUUGGAUAGGGUAUCAUGACACAAUCCAGGAGGAUGACUUCAUUUGGACUGAUGGCACAUCUGGGGAUUUCAGGGACUUUGCGGCCAGUGAGCCAAACAACCUUGACAACGAGGACUGUGUGAACUUUGAUGACGGUGAUGAAAUGUGGCAUGAUGAGAGCUGCACCAAUUUGAGUUCAUUUGUUUGUGCCAAAAAAGUGAUCACCAAGAAACACUAAUCAGUUUAUUGCAUCUUCUAACAAAAUGUCUUUCCUACCAUCUGGAUGACAAAAUACUUCAGGGAGAACCUUCUUAUUUCCAGGUCUGCUUUCAUAGUCCAUCAUUUUCUUCUUUUGCACCUUUCUGAGAUUAUUGGUUGUGGUCAGUCCAAAAAAAAUGUUUAAACUUAAAAGUUGGGACGAAUAAAUGAAGGAAGUUGUCUACGCAUUAAAAA